CGGCGCCGGAGGAGGCAGAGGCGGCGGCGGGCCCGGACGAGCGCCCGGAGGUGGCGGACGAGGCGCCGGGGGCCCCCAUGGGCGGGUGUGUGGGCGCCCAGCACGACUCCUCGGGCAGCCUCAACGAGAACUCGGAGGGCACCGGAGUCGCUUUAGGUCGUAACCAGCCUUUGAAAAAGGAGAAACCCAAAUGGAAAAGCGAUUAUCCCAUGACAGAUGGACAACUGCGCAGCAAGAGAGAUGAAUUUUGGGAUACUGCACCAGCUUUUGAAGGCCGUAAAGAGAUUUGGGAUGCCUUGAAGGCUGCAGCACAUGCUUUUGAAAGCAACGAUCAUGAACUGGCGCAGGCAAUCAUUGAUGGUGCGAACAUAACGUUACCACAUGGUGCACUUACAGAGUGCUAUGAUGAACUGGGGAAUAGGUAUCAGCUUCCAGUCUACUGCUUGGCACCACCAAUCAACAUGAUAGAGGAAAAGAGCGACAUAGAGACUCUGGAUAUUCCUGAGCCACCACCCAAUUCGGGGUAUGAAUCUCAGCUCCGUUUGCGCCUUUCCACCGGCAAGGACCUCAAACUUGUGGUCCGCAGCACAGACACAGUGUACCACAUGAAGAGGCGGCUACAUGCAGCAGAAGGAGUGGAACCGGGUAGUCAGCGGUGGUUCUUCUCUGGCAGACCUCUCACCGACAAAAUGAAGCUGGAAGAGCUGAAGAUCCCAAAGGACUAUGUUGUGCAGGUUAUAAUGAGCCAACCUUUGCAAAACCCAACACCAGUUGAGAACUGAACUGGUCCUGUCGGCUGUCCCCAGAUCCCUCCUGCUCCUUUUUAUUGUUGUUGUUAUCAUUUCCUACUCUACGGUGUGAAAUUUAUUUUCACUGCUCUGAAUUCCGUAUGAAUGGAUUUAGUUCUGAGGAAUUACCAGUGAAAACUUCCAUCUGUGAUGGAGACCAACGAAAAUAAUUAAUAAAACACAAAGAGCCAGCCUUUGAGACUCAUGUAA